AUCAUCUGUAGUUAUAACCAUCCGCACAAUUAGCUACCCAUUAACCAUGGCGCCUAUCCGCACGGCCAUUAUCGGCCUCUCCAGCAACGCAACCACAUCCUGGGCCAGCGCUGCCCAUUUGCCCUAUCUUCUCUCCGCCCGCGGUCGUGCAAAGUAUCAGAUUGUUGCUGUUUGCAACAGCACCGUCGAAUCAGCAAAGCAAGCCAUUAAAGCUUUCAAGCUGCCUUCCGACGCAAAGGCCUACGGCAACCCCCAGGACGUGGCCGACGACAAGGACAUUGACCUCGUGGUUGUAAGCACCCGCGUCGACGUCCACUAUGAAACUGCCCUGCCCAGUGCCAAGGCCGGCAAGGAUGUCUUUGUAGAGUGGCCACUGGCCCAGGAUGUGGCUCACGCAAAGGAGCUCGUCGACGCAGCUAGAGUUGGUGGUGGGCGGACGCUGGUUGGCCAUCAAGGACGCGAGGCUCCUCCUAUUGUCAAGGUCCGAGAGCUUCUUAAGAAGGGGACCAUUGGUAAAAUCCUGAGCAGCGAAGUCAGAGCCUUUGGCGGAUCUGUUGAUCGAGAGGCUUUAUUGCCAGCACUCAAGUAUUUUACUGAUAGAGCUGUUGGUGGUAAUGUCGUGACGAUUGGAGUUGGACAUUUGUUUGAUCAAGUCCAGCAUGUCCUUGGAGAUGUUCAAAACAUCCAAUCACAUAUCCAACUCCAGCGCCCCAAUGUCCUCCUUCGCAACCCUUCAACCAAAGAAGUCGUUGAAACAGUCAAGUCCAAUGUUCCUGAUCUUAUCAUCAUCAACGGCACCCUCGCCGCAUCGCAAAUCGCCACUGAGGGAGCCAACGUGCUCUUCCGUUUCCGUCGAGGACAGCAAUUCCCCGGCGAGCCUGCCCUUUCAUGGACAAUCAAUGGCGAGAAGGGCGAGAUUCGACUUCAAGCAUUUGGCGGAUCUUCUCUGCACGCCGGUUCUUACAAUGCCCCCGUGACCAUUGAGGUUCACGAUUUCGCUUCGGACAAGGUGCAGACGAGUGAUUGGAGCUGGCAGAGCUGGCAGGAAGAGCUGGCAAUCUUGGGGAGAAGCGUUGGUGUUCUUUAUGACAAGUUUGCGGACGGAGCGCUCGAAGGAUUGCCUUCAUUUGAAUCUGCCUUGGUUCGGCACGAGCAACUAGCAACCGUUCUUGCUGGUUGGGAUGAGAAAUGAAUGAUUUCGAGUAAAGGGGGAAAACGCGAAGUAGACGCUUGUAAUUGAAUUAGCAGCCGGUUUCAAAUUCACGACCUUUGAUUCUUUCAUCAAUUAGGAAUAGCUAGGUCUUAUUGGUAAUGAAAUCCUCCAAGUCCGG